AUGUUGCUAAAGUGUGACUUUUGAAUCGGGAUUAGCCUAAUUUCUUGUCUUCAUUUCCUUGUUUCAUCCUAAAUUUUAUCUGAUUUACAUUGAUGUAAGAGAACUUUUAUGGGAAAACAAUUUGCAAAGUAAUCAUUUUAUUUCUUGUAAGAUUAAUUAGUACCGUUAUUUCCUGUUAAUUAUCCUCAAAAUGAAGCUCAACAGUGUUAGAAAGCCUUGAAAAGUUGGAAUAUUCUAACCUAGCUACCCCACAGCUAUUACACCCCUCAAGAAACAAAAGUGAGAAAAGAGAACUCUUUUGCAACGCGUUUUUCUGGAGAGACCGGAAAAGUGAACUAGACCUUCUAAAACCAAAACAUUGUAGUUUCUAACAAAAUCGACCUUAACACUUACCACCACCACCAUCACCACCGCCACCCCGACCACGCGGUCCUUACAGCAGCGGCGCGUUGAGCUUACGUUCGAACGCUACGGGCGCGUCGAGUUUAGGAUCGAAUAUACAGUUUGCCGUUUCAUUUUAUAGAAGCUGAAAGUGGAGGGGUAUAGAAUGGCUCAAGAGUAGAUAGGUGGAGAAGGUGGAGAGAUUUUUGCUAUUUCAUGAAUUUUUGGGUAAUCGCUAGGAUUCAAGAUUAGCAUACAUGGACGAAAACGGGACGCCCUCAUCAUCUGUCUAUUGCUAUAGACAACCCGCACCCCAAAGUGUUUCGGUGAUCCAUCAAGGCCCAUCUCCGCAAGAUGUUGCUGUUAUUCAGAUGCAGGAAUUCCAUGUCGUUAGUGGUCCAGCCAAUAAUCUUCAGCAGCCGGACUACACCAGGCACGAGCCGGGCCUGUUCAGCGGGCUUGUUGAGGGGAGAGUCAUGGACCAGCUCAUUGAACACGGAGGGGUACAAGGUGUAGCUGCAACUCUCGAAACCCAUAUUCAAAAUGGUAUAGAUGGGAGUUCUGAAGAUAUUAAUUGUAGAAAAGAGUUUUUUGGAUCAAAUUCUUAUCCUGCUAGGCCACCUACAAAGGGUUUCUUCCACUAUCUCAAGAUAGAAGUCAUGGAUUUCACAAAUAUUAUGCUUCUGGUGUGUGCUGCACUAUACCUCGUGCUAGGUAUCAAACAAAAAGGGGCUGGAGAAGGAUGGUAUGAUGGCGUAAGCAUAUUUGCUGCUAUCAUUCUUGUUAUUUCUAUUUCAGCCACCAGCAAUUUCAGGCAGAACAGGAAAUUUGACAAUCUUUUUGAGUUUAACAAGAAUAUUCUAGUAGAUGUCAUGAGAAAUGGAAGGAGGCAUGUUAUUUCAAUAUUUGAGAUUGUUGUCGGUGACAUUGUUUGCUUAAAGAAUGGUGAUCAGGUGCCUGCUGAUGGCUUAUUCAUCGAAGGGCACUCUUUAAAAGUUGAUGAAUCAAGAAUGACGGCAGGAAGAGAUCGUGUAGAAAUCAAUCAUGAUCAAAACCCAUUCCUGUCUUCUGGAAGCAAGAUUAUUGAUGGAUGCGCUACAAUGCUUGUGACUGCUGUAGGAAUGAAAACGAGUUGGGGCAGAUUGAUGAGCACAGUUGCUCGGGAUCCCAAAGAGGAAAUGCCUCUUCAUGACCAGUCACGCAAGCUGACUUUGAUCUUGGGUAUGUUCGGUUUAGCAAUGGCUUUGUUGGUUCUUGUCAGGCUGCUAGUUGGGUAUUUUACAGGAAAGACCAGAGAUGAGUUUGGGAAUGUAGUAUUCACUGGCAGCAGGACGAAGGUUGAUGAUUUAAUCAAUUCUCUGGUGGACAUCACUUUUACUGCUGUGGUUAUCUUGGUUGUAGCAAUUCCAGGAGGACUGUCUCUGGCUAUCAACCUUACUCUUGCUCAUUCUACCAAAAGAAUGAUGGCUGAUCAAGCAGUGGUAAGAAACCUAUCUGCUUGUGAGGUGCUGGCUUCUGUAAAAACCAUAUGCACAGAUAUGAAAAGGAUUAUUGCAGCAAACCAAAUCAUGAGGGUGCCUAGAUUCUUUGUCGGUGCAGACUCCAUGGAAGGAAGAAGUUACACUUCCAUAGCAGCCAAUGUUCUUGAACUCUUCUUCCAGGGAAUCAGGCACACCAGUGCUCAUGUCCACAACUUUUUCCCAGUUACACCAAUUGAUGAAACAAUUCGGUCAUGGGCUGUCCUGAGAUGGAACAUGGAAAUGGAAAAUAUCAGACAGUUCUCAAUUCUCAAUGUGAAGCCAUCCUGUUCGGAGAGUUGGAGAAUAGGCAUUUCACUGAGAAAUCAAGCAGACAACAGAAUCCAUUUACACUGGAAAGGGGAUGCUGAUAGCAUUCUUCCAUUAUGUUCCCAUUACUAUGAUUCAUCUGGAAAUAUGAUAGCCCUUAGUAAUGUAGAGAGGGGAAGAUUCCUUGAGAUAAUUGUACAAAUGGCUUCUAGCAGGCUUCGGUGUGUUGCAUUUGCUCAUAGGCAGCUUUCAGAAGAUGAGUAUGAGAAUGAAGCAGCAAAUCAAGGGAUACCUGAUACUAAUUUAAUUCUGCUGGCACUUCUGGGGGUUGAAGAUCAUUGUCACCCUGGUAUAAGGGAAGCCUUUCAAAUUUGUAGACGUGCUGGAAUCCAUGUCAAGUUGGUCACCAGUGAAAAUGUCUCUAGGGCAAGAGCCGUGGUCUUGGAAUGUGGAAUUCUUUCUCCUGGAGAGGAGGUGAGUGAACGAUUGGUGGUGGAAGCGGAGGCAUUCUUCAACUACACAGAAGAUGAACAAAGGCUGCGGGUUGGAGACGUUGCGGUAAUGGCGAUGUCAUCUGAUGAGCACAAACUUAAAAUGGUGCAAUUGCUGCAGAAAGAGAACGGCCAUGUUGUUGCAGUGACCGGUGAUUGCGCAAAUGAUGCUCCUACAUUAAAGGAAGCUAAUGUAGGAAUUGCAAUGGGAGCGCAAAGCACUGAAGUGACAAAACAAUGUUCAGACAUCAUCAUCUUGGAUGACAAUUUUUCCAAUGUCGUCAAAGUUGUGCGCUGGGGUCGAUGCAUUCGCAACAACAUUCAGAAAUUCAGCCAGUUCCAGCUCACAGCAAAUAUGGCAUUUCUAGUGAUCUACACGGUAACAAUACUUUCAUCCGGUAAUGCACCACUAACAAUUGCUCAACUAUUGUGGGUGAAUCUCAUUAUGGAUACUUUGGGGGCUCUUGCCCUUGCUACCGAUAAACCAACAAAGGCACUCAUGAAGCAACCAGUGCAUCAGGCUGGAAUACUUAUCACAAACAUCAUGUGGAGAAACAUGAUAGCCCAAGCUUUGUAUCAAAUAGUUGUAAUCUUGACCUUAAAGUUCAAAGGUGAAUCAAUCUUUGGUGUCCGUGAAGAAGUAGUUGCCACACUUAUAUUCAACAGUUUUGUCUUUUGCCAAGUUUUCAACCUGGUCAGCGCAAGGAAGCUUGAGGAAAAGAAUGUGUUUGCUGGGAUGCUCAAGAACAGAUGGUUUAUAGUAAUCACUUGGAUCAUUGUCAUUCUUCAAGUUAUCUUGGUGGAAAUUUUGAAUAGGUUUGCCCAUACACAGCGGCUGAAAUGGAAGCAAUGGGCAGCAUGUAUAGGAAUUGCAGCAUUCUCUUGGCCAUUUGACUGGCUCAUCAAAUGCAUACCAGUCCCAGAUACACCAGCUAUCAGUCUACUCUUUUAGAUACUUGCAGGACUAGAACUGAGAAAGGAUGGAGGCAUGCAUGCUCGAAGGAAAUAAAAAGCCCUUCCAAAUCGGCGGUAUUCUAUUCGCGAUUUGAAGUGGGCUAUAUAUCCUCUCUUCCAAAUGGCCCGCCGGCUCUUUCUUUUCUUGUUAUGAUUUACGUCAUCAGGUGAAAAACUAUAUAUGCUUGCUCUAUCCCUGAUGGAAUUUGUACAGUAGGAUCUCAUGAACCCAACUUCAUGCAUGCUGUGGUAAUUAAUAUGUUUGAUGGCAGCAUCAACCUGUUUAGUAAA